UCUGGGCAUGGGUAACCCGCAGCCCCAGCAGUCGCACUAUCUCACAGGUACAAGAAAUCCGGAUCCGGGAUCCUCUGCAGCACCCAGCUCGUGGAAGCGCACAGGCCGGCUCCCGCGCGCCGCCGAGUUUCGGGCUGGGGGCUGAAACCUGCAGAUCACUGCGGCUGGCAGCAGGGGACAGAUUCUUCCCAGCCAGGUUCUCUCUAACCCAGCGGAGACCGGAGAUGUUCGCGGAGCCAGGAGGCUGUCUGCGGAGCAUUGGUGCAGCCUUGCCUGCUGCCCGGGAGGUUUGGCUGCCGCAGUCCUCCCCAUUCACUGGGCUGUAAAUCGAAGCUGUCUACGCGGGCCAGGCGCUCGAUCCCAGUGUGGCCCCGGGGCUUCGUCCCGCCCAGGUCUCUGGGCACCUGAUUUCCCAGUGGUCAAUUAGGUGGCUCAGCCUGCAGCAUUGAAGCAGUGGAGGGGCCAAUGCCCCUGCUUUGAUGGAGCGCGCCGUGCGCAGAGACCUCCCCAGUCGACUUCCUCAUCAGAAGGCAGCAUCCAUUCAUAAUUCUCUCCCUGCCUGUGGACCGAGUUAGACUGGAAUUGGGCAUGGAUUUCUGCGAUCUCUCUUCUUGCAUCUGAAGGAGAAACUAAGAUAAAAGAAAAAGAAAAAGAAAAAAGGAAGGGGGAAUGCGGUCGUAACGCACCAAGGUGCUGGAAAGACCCCCCUCCCGCCCCCGAGAGGCCUCUCCUUUGCGGGGGAGAGGGAGACGAGGCAGAUCCCCAGCCCAGCGCCCCAGCCAGCUGCUGUUUCGCUGCGGAGCCGGCACGCAUGCCUACCUCACCUGACGGCCGCAUUCCCGGGGAACCGGCACGGGGCCCGGCGGCGCGCCCAGGGCGCACGGCCGGUAGGAUUUCUGCACCUGGUGAAAGAUGCGCGGGCGGCUUGCCCAGGGCCGAGCCCGAGCCUGAGCGGACGCCGGGGGAGGCUAGCCUUGGCACGGCACCCCACCGCAACCCCCCGGGAUGCUCCAUGACUCGCAGCCCAGGCCAUGCUGCCGUCUCCAACUUGGACAUCGAGAGUAAGUUGAGUGUAUACUACCGUGCACCAUGGCACCAACAGCGAAACAUCUUCCUCCCAGCUACUAGGCCACCCUGUGUGGAGGAGCUGCAUCGCCAUGCCAGACAGAGUCUGCAAGCCCUGCGCAGAGAACACCGGAGCCGAAGUGAUCGGCGAGAGCAAAGAGCUGCUGCUCCCCUCUCCAUAGCUGCUCCACCACUGCCAGCUUACCCUCCAGCUCACAGCCAGAGGAGGCGUGAGGCCAAGGACCGCCACUUCCUAACGUUUAACAGCACCCGCUCGCCCUCCCCCACUGAAUGUUGCCACAUGGCCCCAUGGAGUAGAAAGUCUCACUCUGCAGAGGAUGAAGACACAGAUGUCAUGUUAGGGCAGAGGCCGAAAAACCCAAUACACAAUGUCCCCUCUACACUGGACAAGCAGACCAACUGGAGCAAAGCACUACCUCUCCCGACUCCCGAGGAGAAGAUGAAACAAGAUGCCCAAGUGAUUUCCUCUUGCAUUAUUCCCAUCAAUGUCACUGGAGUUGGUUUUGACAGAGAAGCUAGUAUACGCUGUUCUCUUGUUCACUCACAAUCGGUACUACAGAGGAGACGAAAAUUGAGGAGAAGGAAAACCAUCUCGGGGAUUCCCAGAAGAGUUCAACAAGAAAUAGAUUCUGAUGAAUCACCAGUGGCCAGGGAAAGGAAUGUGAUUGUGCACACAAACCCAGACCCCUCCAACACUGUCAAUAGGAGGUCCGGAACAAGGGACUCUGAAUGCCAAACUGAGGAUAUUCUGAUUGCUGCCCCAUCCAGAAGGAGAAUCAGAGCUCAAAGAGGUCAAAGCAUUGCAGCUUCUCUUUCUCAUUCUGCUGGCAACAUCUCUGCACUGGCAGACAAAGGCGAUACCAUGUUUACCCCUGUAGUGAGCAGCCGCACUAGAUCGCGGAGCCUUCCACGGGAGGGAAAUAGGGGUGGAGAUGCUGAGCCCAAAGUUGGUGCUAAACCCUCAGCAUAUGAAGAAAGGCAACCUUUUGUGGGUGACCAUGAAAGAACCCCUAAUGAUUGUAGUGAAGCUUCGAGCAUACCGAGUGCACAGGAACACCAGCCUGCUUUGGGCCUGGCCUGUUCUCAACAUCUUCACAGCCCCCAGCACAAGUUAAAUGAGAGAGGGCGGUCACGUCUGUCCCGAAUGGCAGCUGACUCUGGAAGCUGUGACAUCUCCUCCAACUCAGACACCUUUGGAAGCCCUAUCCAUUGCAUUUCCACAACUAGUGUCCUCCUUAGCAGCCACAUGGACCAGAAAGACGACCACCAGUCGUCCAGUGGUAAUUGGAGUGGGAGCAGCUCCACAUGUCCUUCACAGACCUCAGAGACAAUCCCUCCUGCAGCGUCUCCUCCCCUCACUGGCUCUUCACACUGUGACUCCGAAUUGUCACUGAACACUGCUCCUAAUGCAAAUGAAGACACCAAUGUCUUUGUGACAGAGCAGUACAAUGACCACUUGGAUAAAGUAAGAGGCCACCGGACAAACUCCUUCACCUCCACUGUUGCAGAUUUGCUGGAUGACCCCAACAACAGCAAUACAAGUGACAGUGAGUGGAAUUAUCUACACCACCAUCAUGACGCAUCCUGCCGCCAAGAUUUCAGUCCUGAGCGUCCAAAAGCAGAUAGCCUGGGCUGCCCAAGCUUCACAAGCAUGGGUACAUAUGACAGCUUUCUGGAAAAGUCUCCUUCAGACAAAGCAGAUACUAGCUCUCAUUUCUCAGUGGAUACAGAAGGAUACUAUACCUCGAUGCACUUUGACUGUGGUCUCAAAAGUAAUAAGAGCUAUGUCUGUCACUAUGCAGGCCUAGGCCCAGAGAAUGGUCAGGGUGUAGGAGUUCCUCCUGGUCUUCCAGACUGCACCUGGCAAGACUGCUUCGACCACAGGAGGCAGGGGAGACCAAGCAUCUCUUUCAGGAAACCAAAGGCAAAGCCAACUCCACCUAAACGUAGCUCAUCAUUGAAAAAGUCCGAAGAAAAUGCAGACAUUUCUGAGAAGAAAGAACCAAAGAUAAGCAGUGGUCAGCAUCUGCCUCACAGUUCCAGGGAAAUGAAGCUGCCUCUUGAUUUCUCCAACACGCCUUCUCGAGUGGAAAAUGCCAAUCUGCCUGCAAAGCAGGACUCUUCUUGGAUAAACCAGAGUGAACAUGCUAUUAAGGAACCUCAGUUGAAUGCUACCGACAUUUCACCAUUCAAAGAUGAAGGUGCUGAAUCAACUCACUAUGCAGACCUCUGGCUUCUAAAUGACUUGAAAACAAAUGAUCCUUACAGAUCCUUAUCUAAUUCAAGCACUGCUACGGGUACCACAGUUAUUGAAUGCAUCAAAUCUCCAGAGAGUUCUGAAUCCCAAACAUCCCAGUCAGAAUCAAGGGCAACCACCCCCUCUCUUCCUUCUGUUGACAAUGAAUUUAAACUGGCUUCACCAGAAAAGCUGGCUGGCUUAGCAUCUCCAUCAAGUGGCUACUCAAGCCAGUCAGAAACUCCAACUUCCUCUUUCCCUACGGCUUUCUUUUCAGGCCCAUUGUCUCCUGGAGGUAGCAAAAGAAAACCGAAGGUCCCAGAAAGGAAAUCUUCACUACAGCAACCAUCUUUAAAGGAUGGAGCCCUAACAUUGAGUAAAGAUUUGGAACUUCCAAUUAUACCUCCUACUCAUCUUGACCUAAGUGCUCUUCAUAACGUUUUGAAUAAACCAUUCCACCACCGUCACCCAUUGCAUGUUUUUACUCAUAAGCAAAACGCAGUAGGAGAUAUGCUGAGGUCAAAUCCUCCACCAUCUCUUGCAAUUACACCAACAGUCCUGAAAUCUGUAAACCUUAGAUCCAUCACUAAAUCUGAAGAAGUUAAGCAAAAGGAGGGCAAUCAUACAGAUCUCCCUUCCUUAGAAGAGAGUACUGUCACAGUGGCUUCUGUGGCUUCCUCAUCUCCAGAUAAAACAAGGUCUCACACAGCAAAGAAAUCAAUAUCACGCCAGUACUCUGCAGAAGACAGCUCCCUGUCCCUUUUAGAUUCUUCUGCAGUUGAAAUGGGGCCAGAGAAACAUUUGCGAAAGAACCCUACUUUUGAUGUGAAGAGUCACUGUGAUCCAGAAACUGUAACCUCAGCUAGUUGCAAUCUUUCAGAUUCAAAUGUGAUGAAAGACCAAAUACAGAUGGAAAGUGAGCUUAUUCCAGAGAACACAGCAAGUAAGAACUGUGGAUUUGCAACAGGAUUUCAGAGGGUGUCUGCUGCCCGCCCCAGUGAUUUGGGGGGUAAAAUGAUGCAGUAUGUAGCUAGUCCAGAUGGAGCCCCACAACAAGGGCAGAAGGCACCCUUUGGAGUUGGGGAAGAAGGUGUGAAACUGGAAUCUGUGGAGGGAAUCACACUUCAAGCCAACUCACCAACUAGAGUAACAGACAUAAGCAGUCAACAUAAGCAUCAGCGUCUUAUGAGCCGCCACCACGACAAAGUGCCUGUGACUAUCCACCAUGAGUCAGAGAUGUCAACUCUAAAAUCAUUCCCUGAUAAGUGUUCUGAGCAGGAAAAUAUUGCUUCAGGUAUCUCACCCAAAAGUGCCUCUGAUAACAGCAGAGCAGAGGAGACCCAAGGAAGUAUGGAUGAGACUUCAUUGAAAGAAUCAUCACCAAGUGAUGACUCCAUCACUUCACCACUCAGUGAAGACUCCCAAGCUGAAGCUGAGGGUGUAUUUGUGUCUCCAAAUAAACCUCGAACAACUGAGGAUUUAUUCGCUGUCAUUCACAGAUCCAAGAGGAAAGUACUUGGAAGAAAAGAUUCUGGAGACAUAUCUGUUAGAAGCAAAUCCAGAGUUUCCCUUGGCAGCAGUAGCAGCAGUGCCUGUUCUGUCCCUUCACCCAGCAGCAAUGUGACAGCUGGGACUAGCCAGAGGUCUCCUGGUCUCAUCUACCGUAAUGCCAAAAAGUCCAACACAUCCAACGAAGAGUUUAAGCUACUGCUUCUCAAGAAAGGUAGUCGCUCAGAUUCUAGUUACCGCAUGUCUGCCACCGAAAUCCUGAAGAGCCCCAUCCUGCCCAAGCCUCCUGGAGAGUUCAGUUCCGAGUCCCCACAAAGCCCUGAUGAUAACCACCAGGGCACACCUGGGGCUGAAGCACUGUCCCCUCUGUCACCGUGCUCUCCACGAGUCAGUGUAGAAGGGUUUUCCUCGAAAACCUUUGCCACCUCAGCAUCAGCACGGGUUGGACGUUCCAGGGCCCCACCUGUGGCCAGCAGCAGCCGCUACAGUGUCCGCUGUCGGCUGUACAAUACGCCGAUGCAGGCCAUCUCCGAGGGAGAGACUGAAAACUCCGAUGGGAGCCCUCAUGAUGACCGGUCCUCCCAGAGCUCCACAUAGUUUGCCUGAGCCCAACUGAUCUCAGAUGUCCAACCUCUUACUAAUGAAAGGGUUUUGUGACACCUUAGAAGAACUGGGAGAAGUGGC